UUACACUCCAAUUGAUAGCAUUGGUGCAAGAGUUUUUGCGGUGUUUGCAGCAAAAGAGUUUAAGUUCACGAUCACUAAGGAUUUUUCGUAAAUUUCAAUUAGCAAAAAUGGCAUUGAACAAACUUAGCGUUGAAAAGGUCGAUGUUGCUGGAAAGCGCGUCUUGAUUCGCGUUGAUUUUAAUGUGCCAAUGAAAGAGGGGAAAAUCACGAGCAACCAACGUAUCGUCGCUGCUUUGGACACCGUGAAACACGUUUUGGGCAGAAAUGCUAAGUCUGUUGUGCUCUGCUCACAUUUGGGUCGUCCAGAUGGCAACAAAAAUCUGAAAUACACCUUGGCUCCAGUUGCCGAUGAAUUGAAAACAUUGUUGGGCAAAGACGUCAAAUUCUUGAACGAUUGCGUUGGCGCAGAGGUGGAAGAGGCUUGCAAAGACCCAGCACCUGGCUCCAUCAUUUUGUUGGAAAAUUUGCGCUUCUACGUCGAGGAAGAAGGUAAAGGUGUUGAUGCCAAUGGCGCCAAAGUCAAGGCUGAUCCAGCCAAAGUAAAAGCAUUCCGUGAAAGUUUGCGCAAAUUGGCGGAUGUCUAUGUCAACGACGCAUUCGGCACAGCCCAUCGUGCACACAGCUCAAUGUUGGGAGAAGGUUACGAUGUUCGUGCUGCUGGUCUUCUCUUGAGCAAAGAAUUGAAAUACUUCUCACAAGCCUUGGACAACCCAUCACGACCAUUUUUGGCUAUCUUGGGCGGUGCUAAAGUCGCUGACAAAAUUCAAUUGAUCGAAAAUUUGUUGGACAAAGUUGAUGAGAUGAUCAUUGGCGGUGGUAUGGCUUUCACUUUCUUGAAAGUACUCAACAACUUGAGCAUUGGAGGCUCAUUGUUCGAUGCAGAUGGUGCAAAAAUUGUACCAAAAUUAAUUGAAAAAGCAAAAGCAAAGAAUGUUCAAAUCCACUUGCCAGUCGAUUUCGUGACCGGUGAUAAAUUCGCUGAGGACGCUGCUGUUGGUAGCGCUGAUGUUAGCGGCGGUAUUCCAGAUGGAUGUAUGGGCUUGGAUGUUGGACCAAAAACCAACGAAGCCUUUUCUGCUGUCGUUGCACGCGCCAAACUCAUCGUGUGGAACGGACCACCAGGUGUGUUCGAAUUCAAGAGCUUCGCCAACGGUACCAAAUCAUUGAUGGAUGCUGUUGUUGCUGCCACCAAAAAUGGAACCGUUUCCAUUAUCGGCGGAGGUGAUACUGCUUCAUGCUGCGCGAAAUGGGGAACAGAAGAAAGCGUUUCCCACGUCUCAACCGGCGGUGGUGCUUCACUGGAAUUGCUCGAAGGAAAAGUCUUGCCUGGUGUAGCUGCUCUGAGCGAUAACUAAAUUGUUCAUUCUAUUCACGUGAAUUUUCGGUUUAUGAAACCACAAUAACAAUAACGAUUGAAAUUGUAUAAAUGUCAUCAUUUAAUUAAAAAAACAAAAAAAAAAUACAAUAAAGUAAAGUUCUGAUUCCAAAGAAA